CUUCUUCCCGAGACCUGGGCCUGAAGAUGGCGGAGAAAACUCAAAAGAGUGUGAAGAUCGCCCCUGGAGCUGUGGUGUGUGUGGAGAGUGAGAACAGAGGCGAUGUGACCAUAGGCCCUCGGACGGUGAUCCACCCCAAAGCACGGAUCAUUGUGGAGGCCGGGCCGAUAAUCAUCGGAGAGGGAAACCUGAUAGAAGAGCAGGCCCUCAUCAUCAACGCUCAUACGGAUAAUAUCAUCCCAGACACUGAAGAGCCGGAACCCAAGCCUAUGAUCAUUGGCAACAACAACGUGUUUGAAGUUGGCUGUCAUUCCCAAGCAAUGAAAAUAGGAGAUAAUAAUGUCAUUGAGUCAAAAGCAUCCAUAGGCAGAAAUGUCAUCUUGACCAGCGGUUGCAUCAUCGGGGCUUGCUGCAACCUAAACACUUUUGAAGUCAUUCCUGAGAACUCGGUGAUCUACAGUGCGGACUGCCUGCGAAGGGUACAGACGGAGCGGCCUCAGCCCCAGACACUGCAGCUGGAUUUCUUGAUGAAAAUCUUGCCCAAUUACCACCACCUAAAGAAGACAACGAAGGGAGCCUCGACUCCGGUUAAGAAUUAAGCAGUUGUCGAAGU